AUGUCCCAAAGAUGUUCGUACGGUAUCGCCAGAAGAGAUGAUGGAAAGUCGGUGAAAGAAGAUGGCCGACUGGAAGCAGGAGACGGUGGCGGACUCGGACUAGAAGCAGCAAAAGACGGUGGCGGAAUCGGAAUGAGAGCAGCUGGCGGAGCGGAAGCAGCUGGAGACGACGUCGGAGAAGCUGCAGCUGGAGACGACGUCGGAUCCACCGGAGACAAUGAGAGAGAUGAAGAAGAUAGUUUACAACCAAAUGAAAAAUAA